GCGGGCGCGGAGAUGGCGAUGGCGGAGAUGGCGUGGAGCGGGUCCCUCUCGGACUCCGGGUCGGACUCCGAGGACUCCUCGCUCUCGGACUCGGAGCUCCAGGAGGCCUUCGCCAGGGGGCAGCUGAAGCCGGGGCUCAACGUGGUGCUGGAGGAGCGGCCGAAGCGGCGCAACGACACGGACGGCCUGAAGCAGUGCCUGGCCGAGUUCGGGAAGCAGCUCGCGUGGGUGGAAAGGCUGGACGUGACCCUGGGCCCCGUCGCGGACCCCGUCGCCCAGAGCGCUACUAGCACAGAUGCUGUUGACCCCGAGAAUGAUUUCCAGAGAGAGAUGAGCUUCUACCGGCAGGCUCAGGCAGCCGUCCUGGAAGCCCUUCCUAGACUGCGGAAGCUCCAGGUUCCGACCAGGAGGCCGGACGAUUACUUUGCAGAGAUGGCCAAAUCGGACCAACAGAUGCAGAAGAUUCGGCAGAAGCUUAAGAGUAAACAGGAAGCAAUGGAAAGGUCUGAGAAAGCGAAACAGCUCCGUGCAAUGAGAAAAUAUGGCAAGAAGGUGCAAACUGAGAUUCUGCAGAGGAGACAGAAGGAGAAAAAAGAUAUGUUGAAUGCAGUCAAGAAAUACCAGAAAGGUCUGUCUGACAAGCUGGACUUUCUAGAUGACGACCAGACAUCGUCUCAGGGGAAUAAAAAAGGCAGUGCAAGUCAACGGACAAAGAAAGGACCAAAUGCCAAAAGAAGAUACAAAAAUCAGAAGUUUGGUUUUGGUGGGAAGAAGAAGGGCUCGAAGUGGAACACAAAGGAAAGUUUUAAUGAUGUAUCUAGCUUCCAGUCAAAAGUGGCUCACAGCAAAGGCCCAGGAAAAGCAAGAAAAGGAGGAAAAAAAGCCCUCAAUAAGAGACCUGGAAAGAGAGCAAGGCAGAAAAUGAAGAACCGAGCGCGCUAAGAGGACUGUGCUUCCCGCUGGGGUUCUUGAGUGUCUGUGUGUUGCAAGCUGUGCUUCUGCUGUCAUCAAGCAGCUAACCCUGGAGCAAGCUGGAUGCUUCCAAGAGGUGUGGAAAAGAGUCAGUGGAAACUAGUGCCUUAUCACUAAUUUCUUCUUACUGUUUUGUCGAAGGAUUGUUUUCUACGUAAACCUUUGGUGUGUGAAUGCAUUAAAUGGUUUGCACAGAACUGCGUGUAACUCAUGUUUAGCUGUUUUAUGAGUGGCAGCUGGAGCCUGCCCUUUGCACCCUUCAUUCUGACAGCUUUUUUCACCACUACUGCUGAUGUGAAGUUGGAGACCUUGAGUUCUGGGCCAUGUUGUCAAAAUGAGAAGUCUGAAGCCUGUCAA